CCCCCAAUUCUCAGAGAGACAGAGAGAGAAGCGGAAGCUGCUCUCGAGUCCUUCCUACUUCGUAUUCUCAGUCGUUUUCCUCUCCCUCGCCAUUGCCGGAACCGAUGGAGCUCCGUUCACCCUCACCUCAACCCGCCGGAAACGGAGCUCCUCUCCUUUCUGACAGAAUCCUCCGCGGACAGUCAGCCGAGUGAACUACGAAAAUUUCUCCGUCUCUCUGUCCGUCCGUCCGUCCGUCCGUCCGUUUGUCUGUCUGGGUCUACUCCAUGCAUUGCAUUUCGGAGUCUCCGGCGAGCCUUGGGAAUCGAGUUUAUACGCUACGUUCAUGAACCUUCUUACCCCAUUGGUUUUCUGAGGAGAAUUGUGUAUCUUGACGGGGGGGUAAACCUGCAUUACUGAUGUUCAUACCUCAUUAAGAAUGAGAAAUAGAGUGGAAUUGGAUCCCGUUGAAUGGGUCGAGGAGUACAAUGGGAACUAUUACCCUCCUCCACAAGGAAAAAGAAGGUACCAACGAAGGAAAAAGGAAUUUGUUGGGUGGGGAUCCCGGGAGCUCAUUGAAUUUCUUGAGUCAAUUGGAAAAGAUACUAGUGAUCAAAUCUCUAAGGAUGAUGUGGCAGCUAUUAUAACAGGAUAUAUAAAUGAGCAUAGACUUACUGAUCCCAACAAGAAAAAGAAAGUUAAUUCUGACGAAAGACUUAAGUCUCUCUUUGGAAGGAAAUCGCUGAGACUGAAUCGAGUCUCCAACCUGCUCUCAAAGCAUUAUGCAGAGAAUGAGGAGUCACCAGAUGAUGUUUCUUCACGUAGUUCAGGGGGUGAAGAUAUACCAGCUAAACGUCAGCAGUCUAUUUCUGAGAGAAAACCAUUGAAAAAGAAAGUUUUGAAAACUUUUACUAGCCCAUUUGCUGCUAUAAUUCCUGAUAACCUCAAACUUGUAUAUUUAAAGAGGAGCUUAGUUGAAGAUCUAUUGAAGGAUUUUGAGAACUUUGAACAAAAAGUAAUUGGAAGCUUCGUGCGGGUUAAAUCUGAUCCCAAUGAUUACCUGCAGAAAAAUCCUUACCAGCUCCUGCAAGUUACAGGCAUGAGGAAGGUCUCUGAAGGUGCUGAUAUGAGCAGUGUUCGCCUUCGGGUUGCUGUAAGAGAUAUUCGUAUUUCCAUGCUUUCGGAUGAUAACUUUACCAAGGAGGAAUGCGAAGAGUUGUCCCAGAAAAUUAAAGAUGGAGUAUAUAAGAAGCUCAAAAUGGUGGAUUUGGAAGAGAAAGUUCAAGCACUGCAUGAGGAUAUAACAAAGCAUUGGCUCGUCAGGGAAAUAUCUUUGCUACAAAACCUCAUCGAACGAGCCAAUGAGAAAGGCUGGCGCAAAGAACUGGCUGAAUACUUGGAUAGAAAGCACCUGCUUCAAACCCCAGCUGAACAGUCACGCAUGCUUUGCGAGCUUCCAAAAUUAGUUCCUGAAAGUAUAAAAGUUGAUUCAGCAGUGGAAACUUUUCCAGAGUAUGAUGUAGACUCAUUUCCAGAGGAUGAUGUAGAUUCGCUUGGUUCAACUGAACCAAUGCUUGGGGAUACUCCAGAAAUUUCCAAGCCUGAAACUGUGACAAAUGGUGCUGAUUCUGCUUGCGUGAUGGAUUUUACUGGAUAUAAAAAGCAACGUCUGGAACAGAAUCAGAACAGUAGAGAGAGACAUGCCAGUGUGGACUUAAACUUUAACGGAGGCUUUGAAGGAACAGCAGGGAAGAUGCAGGAGGCUUCCCGAAUGAUUGAUUUCAGUCGCAGCAGGCCUGGCAAUGCAAGAUACAGUGCCGCACCAAAUGAGGCUUUAUUGGGUAGCUUUGCCAGGAAGGCUGAUUCUUCUACGGAAUAUUGGCAUGUCACAUGUGUUCGAGAACCCCAAACAAACCAUCCUGUAGAGAAUGGUGUGAAUGCCAGAGAGAGACCCGAAAGUGUGGACUUAAACAACGGCUUCGCAGGAGCAGUGACAAAGACUUCUCAAGUGAUUGAUUUCAGUUCCAUCGUGCCAGAAAUGAACAAAUUCAGUGCUUCAUCAAACGGAGUCAAUGUGGUGACCAGUAUAACUCGUGGAAUGUAUUCUGCAGAAUAUUUACAUGGUGCCCGAGCGGAAGAAAACCUUCAAAACGGACCAUUGCAAACAAAUGCAAGUAAUGCAGAGAGGCCUUCAACUGUGGACCUGAAUAGAGGUGUCCAAGGAUCACGUGAGAAGAAAGUCAAGGCCAGUACUCAAGUGAUCGACCUGAGUAGCGAUGAUGAGGAUGAUACCAUCAAACAUCAUGAUCCUCCUCGUGGGAACAAUAACAGGAUCGCUUUUAACCUUGAAAGUAUGGUAUGGUACUACAAAGACCCUCAGGGUAACAGACAGGGCCCUUUCUCGCUCGAAAUGCUUAAACUAUGGAGUGACGCCAAAUACUUCCCUCCUGAUUUCAAGGUAUGGAUGGACGGCCAAAACCCAAGUGAAGCUGCAUCAUUGGCUGAUAUGUUCAGAUGGAUUUUUCCCAAACAUUAGCAAUUCUGUGAAUGUAGGAGUUCUCUUACUCCGAUUUUCUGAUUGUCAUUAAUCUGCGCUUAAGAGAAUCGAGGGAAAUUCCAGAUCGGUGUAAUGUCGGUUGAGUUGCGGUGAUAUAGACAAAUAAUUGAAGGCAUCCUCUCUUUGAUGUACA